AUGAGUGCAGACGCUACCUCUUGCGCUCGCGAGCACAGCUCCUCCACUGAAGCGCAUGGCGGAAGGCGGCCAAGUGCAGACGACUCAUGCCUCAGUGACCCGAGCUGUCAGGAGACACGUGCUCUUUGCGUGGAGUGCGAGCUAUUCAUUGACGGAGUGUCGUUUGGCCAACCCGUCGUCACGGGGAAUGCAACAUGGAGUGAGGCCGAUGGUGGGAAAUGGCGAUGGGACGAAUGGGUCCUACUGACAGCCAAGUACUGUGACAUCUCUGCGUAUUCCUUCAUUGCUUUCACUAUCUGGGACUUGAAGUGUCAAAACAGGCCACGUGUGGUUGGUGGCACCACACUCCCACUCUUCUCCCACACCAUGUCAGCCCACCCUCCCCCUUCACCCCCCUCCACCUCACCAAGAUCAUCGUCACCGCUUUCUAACCACACACCUCUUCCGAGCGUCCCAGACGACCUCUCUUCCUAUCCUGGCGCCUGCUUUGGUGCCGAUUUUGGCUCACUACCAGGCCUUACCCCAGGCUCGGGUGUUGGCCUGGCAGCAGGAGCUCAGAUGCAGCAUAUGCUGAAAAUGGGGCGGUUUAAAGCACGCGUAUGGCUGGGGAAGAAGGCGGAUGGAGGAGUGCCCUGCAGAACACCAGGGAAGGUUCCUAAGGAGGAGCAAGGGGAGACUGAGAGGUUGGAGAGGUUGGUGAACCGCGGCCAGAUGGCAAGAGCUGAUUGGCUGGAUGAUCUCGCCUUUGCUGCCAUUGAUACCAUUCUCGAGGGGGAGGAGAAGGAACGCUCCAGGAAGCGGGGAAGCAUGGCGGCGAGAUUGGUCGUGGAGUUUCCAACGUUUGACCAUCCAGUGGCGUUUCAGGAGCUAGGCGCAGCAGGAGUGGCAGGGGUGGGCAGCGGCGGAGCAGCAGGAGGAGCCAUCAGCAGCAGUGCAAUCGUCACAGGGGCGGCACCAAUAGGCGUGGCUCCCAUCCCAGCGAGCAACGAGGUGGUGGUGCUGUGGGACCCGGAGAUAGAGCAGCGAGUCAACCCGGCAGAGGCCAAGCAGCUCAAGCUCACUCGCAUGCUCACCCGCGGUAACAUGGAGCGGGAUCUCAAGCCCAACCUCGCUGAGAGAAAGGCCAUUGCCACUAUCCUGAGUUAUCCACCCACCCAGUCUCUCUCCCCAGAGGACGUGCAGCUGCUGUGGCGAUUCCGCUUCUCCCUCACCACCAAUCGCCGCGCCCUCACUCGCUUCCUGCGCUGCGUUGACUGGAGCGAUGCGGAGGAGGCACGAGAGGGCACGGAGCUGAUGUAUGCAUGGGUUCCCAUUGACACUGCUGAUGCACUCGAACUGCUCUGCCCCACGUUCUCAUGUGAGGAGGUACGUGCAUACGCGGUGACGGUGUUGGAGCGAGCAGGAGACGAGGAGCUGAAGAGCUAUCUGCUGCAGCUCGUACACGCCCUCCGAUACGAGCGCUCUGACUUCUCCAACCUUGCGCUCUUCCUCAUCUCUCGAGGCUGCCAUAACUUUGAGUUGGCGAAUUUCCUUCACUGGUAUCUGCAGGUGGAGCGCCAGGACCACGUGUUUGCCUCGCGCUACGCCUUCGUGCAUGAUCAUCUCCUUGCCACCCUGCUCGAGUUGGGAGCAGAGGGAGCGGAGGUGCACGCGCAGCUGAUGCGGCAGUGUGAGCUGGAUCUAGCGCUGGCGGGCACCAUGCAGGCCAUCAAUGCCGUGAGGGGCAGCACUGCCCGGAAGGUGGAGCAGCUGCGCGCGCUGCUCUCUGCUGACACCGACGGCAGCCUCGCUAAUUUCGCUCAGCCUCUAGCCCUGCCAGUGGAGCCAUCGAUCCGGGUGGUGGGGAUAGCAGCAGAGGAUUCAAGUGUGUUCAAGAGCAUGCUGCAUCCUCUGAAGCUGGCGUUCAGGAAGGAGGAUGGCGGCCUGUGCCAUGUCAUUUUCAAGAAGGGAGAUGACCUGAGGCAGGACCAGCUGGUGAUUCAGAUGGUGACGCUCAUGGACAAGCUGCUCAAGAAGGAGAAUCUCGACCUCUGCCUCACGCCCUACCGCGUGCUCGCCACCGCUGCAGACCAGGGCUUCGUCGAGUUCGUGCCCUCCAUGCCCCUCGCUCAGGUAUUGGCGGAGUACCGGUCAAUAGAGCGCUACCUGCACCAGUUCCACCCGGACGCCGAGUCACCCUACGGCAUCACGCCCACCUGCCUCGACACCUUCAUACGCAGCUGCGCUGGUUACUGCGUUACCAUGUACAUCCUCGGCGUGGGCGACAGGCAUCUGGACAAUCUACUGCUGUGCACGGACGGGCGUCUCUUCCACAUUGACUUUGGCUACAUCUUUGGCCGGGACCCCAAGCCGUUCCCGCCGCCCAUGAAGCUCUGCAAGGAGAUGCUCGACGCCAUGGGGGGCGCAAGCAGUCCCGAGUACGUGCGCUUCCGCUCCUACUGCUGCACGGCAUUCAACAUCCUGCGAGCCAGCAGCCGCCUCUUCCGCAACCUCGUCCACCGCAGGGCGCAUGCCGGCACUCCUGCCAUCGCCUCGCACCACCCCGACCACCUGCGAACCAAGUUGCAGCAGAAGUUCCGUCUCGAUCUGGAUGACGAGGCGGCAGUGCAGUUCAUCCAGGAGCUCAUCAACGAGUCGGUGUCGGCGCUGCUGCCGCACAUGGUGGAGACGAUACAUAGAUGGGCGCAGUACUGGCGCUGA